AUGGGUAGAUUAAUUGGAUUAGAACUAUAUAAUUUUAAGUCAUAUAAAGGAAAGUCUGUUAUAGGAUUUGGAUCAUCUUAUUUCACAUCCAUUAUUGGUCCAAAUGGGGCAGGAAAAUCAAAUAUGAUGGAUGCAAUCUCAUUUGUUUUAGGUGUUAAUUCAUACCAUUUAAGAUCCCACAAUUUAAAAGAUUUGAUAUACAGAGGAAGAAAAUCCACUCCUACUCCUGAAGGUGAAAAAGAUGAUGAUGAAGAAGAAGAACAGGGAGAAGAUAAUACAACAAUCAAUACAUCGGAACAAGAUCCAACUAGCGCUUAUGUUUUAGCUACUUAUGAAAAAGAUGAUGGUGAAAUCUUAAAAUUGAAAAGAACAAUUACUACCACAGGAAAUAGUGAUUAUAGAAUUAAUGAUAUAUCUGUAACACAAUUGAAUUUUACUAUGGUUUUGAAACAGGAGAAUAUUUUGAUUAAAGCUAGAAAUUUUUUGGUUUUCCAAGGUGAUGUUGAAGCUAUUGCUUCACAAAAUCCUAAAGCAUUAACUAAAUUGAUUGAAAAUAUUAGUGGAUCUACUGAGUAUAUUGCAGAAUAUGAGAAAUUAAAAGAAGAAAAAGAAAAGGCCCAUGAAGUUACCAUUUCUGUAUUUUCAAGAAAGAGAACCCUUAAUUCAGAAUCAAAACAAUAUAAAGAACAAAUGGUUGAACAACAACAAUUUGAAGAAAAAAUUAUAUUGAAAAAUGAUAUUGUCAAAAAAAUCAACUUGUACAAACUAUUCCAUAAUGAAAAGAAACAUAACCAGCUUGUGAAAGAGAUCAAAGCCAAAGAGGAAGAAUUGAAACUGGUCAAGAAAUCUUUAUCUAACAAGGAAAAAACUUAUAAAUCAUUGAUGGCUGACUAUUCUUCAAGUGUGUUGAGUUUGAAAGAACAUCAACAGGAAGUUGAAAAUGCUCAGACCAAAAUUGAUUCUACUAAGAGAGAUUUGAUUCCUAUUGAAGCCAACAAAAGAUCAGUAUCAAAGAAAAUAAGAACUUAUAAGGAGAAGGUUGCUGAUUUAGGUAAAGAUAUCAUUCGACAAAGAAAACAAGUUAACUCGGUAGAAAAACAAUUAAAAGACGCACAGAAAUUGUUUACUGAUUUCCAAAAUAAAAUCAGUGCAUCAGUAGCAUCUACAACCAGUAUUUCUCCAGAAGGUCAAAAGGAAUAUGAAGAAUUGAGAUCUAAAUUUUUAGCUGGUUCAGGAUCUGAAUUGGAAGAGCAAGUAUCUUUAUUGCUCAAUGACAAAGACAGUUUAAAAGCUACAAAAUCUAAUCUUGAAAAUCAAAGAUCCAAUGCUGAGAAUAGAAUUGCCGAAUUAGAAUCAAUUAUUUCGACUGAUUUGAAAGCCAAUUUACAUGAUGUAAUUACAGAGAUUACGGAUGUUCUUGAUAAAAAAAGCCAGAAAGUUGAUGCAAGAAAUGAUCUUAUUAAACAAAAGGAUAGAUUUAACCAAGAGGAAUUGAAAUUAAAUACCAAAUUGAGAGAUGUCUUGGUUAAAUUAGAUGAAUUAUCCUCACAACAAAGAGAAUCCAAUAAGCAAAAGAAAUUAAGAGAAAAUGUUGCAACUUUAAAGAGAUUAUUCCCACAAGGUGCCAUCAAGGGGUUGGUCUAUGAAUUGGUGAGACCCACACAACAAAAAUACGAACCAGCAUUGGCAACAUUGUUGGGUGGUAAUUUUGAUAGUAUUAUUGUUGAGACUUCUGCUAUUGCUUAUAGAUGUAUUGAAGUAUUGAAAGAAAGAAGAGCUGGUACUGCCACAUUCAUUCCAUUGGAUUCAAUAGAACCCGAUCCUAUUAAUUUGAACUAUUUAAGAUCAGUUCAUUCGUCUGCUUUGCCAGGUGUGGAUAUUGUCGAUUAUCAAGAUAAAUCAUUAGAACCAGCUGUGAACUAUAUCAUUGGAAAUACAUUAGUUGUUGAUACUAUUGAUACUGCAAGAAGAUUGAAAUGGCAAUCGAAUGUAAGAUUUGAUAAUAAAAUUGUUACUUUACAAGGAUCUGUGAUUCAUAAAUCUGGUCUAAUGACUGGUGGUCAGCAACAAAACAAAUCAAAUGUAAGUUUGAGUUGGGAUAAACAAGAAUUUGCUAGAUUGAAUGAAGUUAAAGAUGAAUUGAGUGAAGAAGUAUUUAAACUACAGGAAAAGAAACCAAAGGAUUUGGAGAUUAAUUUAAUUGCUGAAGAGAUAAAUGCAUUAGAUGAUAGAUUGCCAGUUUUGAGAAAUCAGCAAAGUAACAUUGAAAGAAUUAUCAAAGAUAGACAGACUGAGAUUGAAUUUCAAACUGGUUUAUUCAAAGGUUUUGAAAAAUCCAUUCAAGAUAAAGUUAAUGAGACGAAGAAAGUUGAUGGAAAGAUUGAUAAAGUCAAUGAUGAAAUUAAGAAUAUAAAAUCUGAGAUCUUUGGUGAAUUCUGUGAAAGAUAUGGAUUUGUUAAUGGUAUCGAGGAUUAUGAAAACUUGCAUGGUAGUACAUUAAGAAUCCGUGCUAAAGAAAGAGCACAAUAUUCUAAAGCAAUUUCUGUAUUGGAAAACAAAUUAGAAUUUGAAAGAGCUAGAUGUAAAGAAACUGAAGAACGUGAAAGAGGUGUUAAUGAUAUGAUUGGUAAUUUAGAAGAAGAAGAAUCCGAGUUAUCAAGACAAAAGAAGGUGUUGGAAAAUAAAUUGGAUAUUGCUGAAGCGGAAUUUGAAGUUUUAAAAAGUGAAAUUGUUCAAUUUGAAAAUCAAAUGCAAAAUAAAUUAAAAACUUCUAAAUCUGUUGAAACUGAUCUUAAUGAUACGAAGCUGGAAUUAUCAUCAUUUACUAAAGAAAUUACUCAAAUGGAAGAGAAUUUGUUGAAGGUUGAUUCUGAAAGAGCUAAUGUUUUAAGAAAUUGUAAAAUUCAAAAUAUCAACUUACCAUUGAAUGAUGGAGAUUUGGAUAGCAUAUCAGUUGGUGAAGAUUCAGAAAGUUCAAUUAAAGAAGUUUAUAAGAUCGAACUUGAUUAUGAUCUACUUGAUGAGAAAUAUAAAGAAGCGUUCAAUCAUAGAUUAGAAGGUGAAUUAGAAGUUUCAUUACAAGAUACCAUUAGUGAAUUAGAAAAACUUACACCGAAUGCUAAAGCUGUUGAAAGAUUACAUGAAGUUGAGAAUAAAUUAAGAAGUUAUGACAAAGAUUAUAAUACUGCACGUCAAAGGGAAAGACAAAUUCUGGAGAAAUUCAAAAAGGUUCAAGAUAAUAGAUAUAAUAAAUUCAUGGGAGCAUUUAAUCAUAUAUCAGGAUGUAUUGAUUCAAUUUAUAAAGAAUUGACUAAAUCAACCAUGUCUCCAUUAGGAGGAUCAGCAUAUUUGACCUUGGAAGAUGAAGAUACACCUUAUGAAUUUGGUAUUAAAUAUCAUGCUAUGCCACCAAUGAAACGUUUCAGAGAUAUGGAAUUAUUAUCAGGAGGUGAAAAAACCAUGGCAGCAUUAGCAUUAUUAUUUGCUAUUCAUUCUUAUCAACCAUCACCAUUUUUUGUUUUAGAUGAAAUUGAUGCUGCUUUAGAUAAUGCAAAUGUUGGUAGAAUAGGUAAUUAUAUCAAAAAAUAUGCUGGACCAAAUUUCCAAUUUAUUGUUAUAUCUUUAAAGAAUUCAUUAUUUGAAAAAUCAGAUGCUUUGGUUGGUAUUUAUCGUGAACAACGUGAGAAUAGUUCUAAAACUGUUACUUUAGAUUUAAGAGAAUAUUCCGAUGAAGAAGUCCCCUUAAAUGGAGUUGAUAAUUGA